AUGGCCAUCAAAGUCGGUAUUAACGGAUUCGGACGAAUCGGACGAAUUGUCCUGCGAAACGCUCUCAAGAACCCUGAGGUCGAGGUCGUCGCUGUGAACGACCCCUUCAUCGACACCGAGUACGCUGCUUACAUGUUCAAGUACGACUCCACCCACGGCCGAUUCAAGGGCAAGGUCGAGGCCAAGGACGGCGGUCUGAUCAUCGACGGCAAGCACAUCCAGGUCUUCGGUGAGCGAGACCCCUCCAACAUCCCCUGGGGUAAGGCCGGUGCCGACUACGUUGUCGAGUCCACCGGUGUCUUCACCGGCAAGGAGGCUGCCUCCGCCCACCUCAAGGGUGGUGCCAAGAAGGUCAUCAUCUCCGCCCCCUCCGGUGACGCCCCCAUGUUCGUUGUCGGUGUCAACCUCGACGCCUACAAGCCCGACAUGACCGUCAUCUCCAACGCUUCUUGUACCACCAACUGUCUGGCUCCCCUUGCCAAGGUUGUCAACGACAAGUACGGAAUCAUUGAGGGUCUCAUGACCACCGUCCACUCCAUCACCGCCACCCAGAAGACCGUUGACGGUCCUUCCCACAAGGACUGGCGAGGUGGCCGAACCGCCUCUGGUAACAUCAUCCCCUCUUCCACUGGUGCUGCCAAGGCUGUCGGCAAGGUCAUCCCCGAGCUCAACGGCAAGCUCACCGGUAUGUCUCUCCGAGUCCCUACCGUUGAUGUUUCCGUCGUCGACCUGACUGUCCGAAUCAAGAACGGUGCUUCUUACGAGGACAUCAAGGCCACCAUGAAGGCUGCCUCCGAGUCUCCCGAGCUCAAGGGCAUCCUCGGCUACACCGAUGAGGAUGUUGUCUCCACUGAUUUCAUUGGUGACACCCACUCCUCCAUCUUCGACGCCAAGGCUGGUAUUGGUCUCAACGACAACUUCGUCAAGCUCAUCUCUUGGUACGAUAACGAGUACGGCUACUCUGCCCGAGUCGUCGACCUCAUUGUCGCCGUCGCCAAGAAGGAUGCUUCCGCUUAG